GUUACCUAUUAAGAACCUCUUCUUCUCCAACCUUCUUCCCUUCUUUGAGUUAAAUCUUUUGGAUUUUCAAUCUUUUUUACAGGUUUUUUCAAACUGAAACCUUCAUCGUUUGAUUUUAUCAUCACCCUUGUCAAAAGUCUUGGUUAAUUCCUUGUUUCUUUUUCUCUCGCUGCCUUGCGGUUUAAGUUUAAUCACAAGGCGGUGAGGAAGAAAGAGUAAAAUUCAAACGAUGAAGGUUAUUGAAGUUAAAACGGGAAUGAAGAUACCUUGGAAGGCACGCUAUUCAUUAACUCUGUUGAUUUUGUUACCAUCAGUUCUUCUUCUUUGCAACGGCCAAGAUUAUGGAACACCGACCGAAGAUGGAGCAGGAGGAGGUGAGCCACCACCUGAGAUGACGCGUUGCAACGGUAUUUUCAUGAGCUACAGCUUCGGCAGCCGCGAAACAGAGUACCCUCACGUUAAGAACGUGACGGCGCAAUCAUGGGCGUUUAAAUCGUCUGCGAUGAUUGUAAACGUGGGGAAAGAAGAGCUCACGGGAUGGCAAAUGUUUAUAGGGUUUCGUCACAAGGAACUGAUCGUUUCUGCGACUGGUGCGUCUCCAGUGGACGGAGAUUAUCCUCUGGAUGCUAGCAAUGGAACCACGUUCGUUGGUUCACCAAACACGGAUUUGAAAACCUCGAUUGAAACCGCAGGUGAUUUCACUCAGAUAUCCACCAAUAUCGAAAUCACUGGGACUCUUUUCGGGGUUGCAAAGGGGGUCACACCCAUGCCAAGAACACUUAAGCUCAUCAACGACGGUUGGGAAUGUCCUGCCGCUAAAAGAAAAGGAAGCAGUAUGAACGUGUGUUGCAAGAGAAACCCUAAGUUCAAGGUCAAAACUGGACCAAAGACAAAGUUUGCACCGAGAAGACACGGUGAUCUGAACAUAGUAUACGAUGUGUUGCAAUCAUUUGGCAGUAACUACUUAGCCCAAGUGACCAUCGACAACGAGAAUCCGCUGGGGCGUUUAGACCGUUGGAACCUAACAUGGGAAUGGACGCGAGGAGAGAUUAUAAACACGAUGCGAGGAGCUUACACUUACAAAAGAGAUCCAUCUGAAUGUCUUUACAGCAGAGCUGGACAAUAUUACAAAGACUUAGAUUUCUCUCAGGUCAUGAAUUGUCAGAAGAAGCCAGCCAUUUCUGAUUUGCCUCCUGAGAGGAAGGAUGAUAACGUGACGGGCAAGUUACCUUUCUGUUGCAAAAACGGAACUCUUUUGCCUCCUCUUAUGGAUCCGUCGAAAUCCCGAUCUAUGUUUCAGUUGCAGGUUUUCAAGUUACCUCCGGAUCUAAACAGAACAGCUCUAUAUCCACCUCAACACUGGAAAAUAGAUGGAGUUCUCAAUCCGCAGUACAAAUGCGGGCCACCGGUUCGGGUUGACCCAUCGCAGUUCCCCGAUUCUAGCGGUCUGCCGGCAGUAACCUAUGCCAUCGCCAGUUGGCAAAUUGUCUGCAACAUAACCAAACCUAAAGCUCAGGCUUCAAGAUGUUGUGUCUCUUUCUCAGCAUUUUACAACAGCUCUGCUAUUCCUUGCAACACUUGCGCUUGUGGAUGCAAUGACAUUGAUACAACCACUUGCAAUGCUGACCGUAACCCACUUCUCCUCCCUCCAGACGCGCUCCUUGUUCCAUUCGAUAACCGAACCCUAAAAGCCAAAGCUUGGGCCCAACAAAACCACAUGCCAAUACCAAAGAAACUCCCUUGUCCGGAUAACUGCGGAGUCAGCAUUAACUGGCACGUUAACACGGACUACAGAGACGGUUGGACGGCUAGGUUAACCGUUUUCAACUGGAGAGACUUCGCUUUUGAGGAUUGGUUUGUAGCGGUUGAGAUGGGAAAAGCAGGUCCAGGGUAUGAAAACGUUUACUCCUUUAACGGAACACGUGUUCCACCAAACAACAGAACCGUUAUGUUCCAAGGGUUACGUGAUAUGAACUACCUUGUAGGUCAAGUUAACGGAACCCGUCCGCUAAGAGACCCUCCCGUGCCGGGCAAGCAACAAUCUGUUAUCUCCUUUAAAAAGAAGAACAUCAAAGGACUGAAUAUACCAGAAGGCGACGGUUUCCCAACCAAACUUUUCUUCAAUGGAGAAGAAUGUGCGCUACCAAAACAUUUCCCAAAGAAGAGCUUGGGACAUAGACACGGUAUCAGUGUCUUGAUGUCACUUGUUCUCGCUAUAGCGGCUUUUGCACUAAUGAUGGAUUAAUUACUAAAGACAUAACUAAAGUUAGCAUUAUUGGUCAGCUUGGUGUUUUGAUGCUGUUGCUGAAGAAUUAGAAGGAGCAGAUGUGGAAAAGAUCUUUGUAAUAUGAUUGAUCUAUAUUGAAAAAAUGGAUAUGUUGUAUUAUACUUUUGUUUGAUCUUAGUUUUUAAAUUGGAAUUUUUUUCUUGAAA